UGGAGACAGGCUGGCAUGGCCAUCAAAACCCAUACUCCCCUUCCCAGGGGGAAACUUUGUCUGACUAAAAUAUCAGAGUGUUCCAUCUCGGAUUGGGGGGCAGACAGGAAAACCCACGAACAAAGGGAAAAAACCACCAUCAUCAACAUGAGUUACCAGAGAGUUCCUCAAGACCCUUAUCCUCCACCUGGGUACGCCUCUCCUUAUUCAGCACCACCCCCUCCAGGGUACCCAUCAGCACCACCACCGCCGCCGACUCUGCCACCUUACGAAGGCUAUCCGCCGCCGCCGCCACCACCAGGAUAUCCCCCGUAUCCUCAGCGGCCAGGACAGCCGUACGAGGGGUACCAAGGGUAUUUUGCAGAAGGGUAUCCACCACCUCCGCCGCCACCACCUCCAGGUCAUCCUCAAUAUCAACACUGCCACCACUAUGAGCAUCACCAUUACCAGAAUCAAUCUGAUGCUGGCUGUUUCUCUUUCUUACAAGGCUGUUUGGCUGCACUAUGUUGCUGCUGCAUGCUGGAGGAAUGCUGCUUCUUUCUAUGAUAUUUCAUCAAGAGUGAACUAUUUCAAUUUACAUGUGUGGUUUUGCUACACUUCUUUGCUACUAUUUGGGGGAGAAAUGCUGCUCAAAAUGAGUUCUACAUGGCAUUGUUAUGGGAGUCGUUACUGUCCUGUUAACAGUCAUAUGCUUGUAUGAGUUACAUGCUCAUCCGAUUUACUAGUUUAUCUGCUCAGACUUUGUAAACAGAAGUUUCAAUAUUAUAAAUAUAGCUCUUGGUUCUCGUUGUAUAUUAA